GGGAGCAGGUGGAGGGCUGGCGGCAGCGGCAGCGGGGCUGCCAUGGCUCGGCCUCCGGGUCCAGAGCACCGACUGCCACCUCUCCCCUCCUGGCCUGCCCCCCAUGCCUGGCAGACCUUUGCCUUUGCCGGGGCUCCCGCCUGACCAGCCUCCCCUCCCCGUCUGGUUGGGAUUUGGGGGCUGAGCCGUCUGGGGUCCCAGGGCCAAUGCAGUGCCGGCUCCUCCGGGGCCUGGCUGGAGUCCUCCUCACCCUUCUGUGCAUGGGGCUCCUCUCCCUACGGUACUACUCAAGCCCAUCCCCGCAGGGCGUGCCGGAGACCCCCGGGCUGAGCCCGCCAAGCCCUCGGCCGCCGGAGCUGCAGCUGCACGAUGUCUUCAUCGCAGUCAAGACAACCCAGGCCUUCCACCGCUCCCGCCUGGAGCUGCUGCUCGACACGUGGGUCUCCAGGACCAGGGAACAGACGUUCAUCUUCACCGACAGCCUGGAUGAAGGCCUCCAGGAGAGACUGGGGUCCCACCUCGUGGUCACCAACUGCUCUGCGGAGCACAGCCACCCUGCUCUGUCCUGCAAGAUGGCUGCUGAGUUUGAUGCCUUCUUGGCCAGCGGACUGAGGUGGUUCUGUCAUGUGGAUGACGACAACUAUCUGAACCCGAGGGCGCUGCUGAAGCUGCUAAAAACCUUCCCGUGGACCCGCGACGUCUACAUCGGCCGGCCCAGCCUGAACCGGCCUAUCCACGCUUCUGAGCCGCAGCCGAACAACCGCACGAGGCUGGUACAGUUCUGGUUUGCCACCGGGGGCGCCGGCUUCUGCAUCAACCGCAAACUGGCUUUGAAGAUGGCCCCAUGGGCCAGUGGCCCCCGCUUCGUGGACACAUCUGCCCUCAUCCGGCUGCCUGACGACUGCACUGUGGGCUACAUCGUCGAGUGCAAGCUGGGCGGCCACCUGCAGCCCAGCCCUCUCUUCCACUCCCACCUGGAGACCCUGCAGCUGCUGGGGGCUGCCCAGCUCCCAAAGCAGGUCACCCUCAGCUAUGGCGUCUUUGAGGGGAAACUCAACGUCAUUAAGCUCCAUGGCCCCUUCUCCCCUGAGGAGGACUCCUCCAGGUUUCGCUCCCUCCAUUGUCUACUCUACCCGGAUACUCCCUGGUGCCCACAGCUGGUGGCCCGAUGAACCCUGAACCUCCGGGCAAAGGUUGAGCUGAAGCCUUUGGUUGCCCUUAGCCUCCCAGGCGGCCUUGAGGGCCCGUGGCAGUUCCUGUGUGGGCAGCAGUCCCUGGCAGGGCCUCUGUGGUGGGCAGGCCCAGAAUUGGAUGGUGGCUGGUGGUAAAGGCAUCCCAAGCCCCUGGGAGGUGGGCUGGACAGCCCAGGACCAGGUGCACCAUGGGAGGGCCAGAGAGGCCUCAGGGGCUAGACUUCAUGGGCCUUGGGUGGCUGAACUGAACAAGGGUAGGGGUCCUUGAGCUGCUCGAGCUCAGGAGUCCUAACUCUCCAGAGAAUUACAUGGGUCCCUUGGUGUGGUCAGAGCCCCCACCUCUGGUCCCUCAGUUACUCUCCCGGGGUCAAGCGCUGGGCCACCCACUCCUGGCUUCCUCGGCUGGAUCCCCAACCACCGAGGGGACGCAGGUGGAAGAAGGGCAGAAUCCAGGGUCUGCGGCAGAUCCUGUUAUUGCUGACCAGUCUCCGGUCCCUGCUCCCCACCCGAUUCUGUCUGGAGCAUCCGCAGGUCCAGACCCAGAUGAUGAAUCAGAAUGGGUCCUAGCCAAUCACGAUGAUCCUUUUGCUCACUUUCCCAGCUUCCCUUUCUGUUAGGAGCUACUAUAUGACUCAGCUCUGGCCAGAGCCAGAGCUCUGUCUGUUAGUGCAAAUAAAGCAAAGCCAAUAGAGAGGCUUCUGGGGAAGGUUUUGCAGCCCCAGACCCCAUCUUCCUGCUGUGAAUGUGGGUGCGAUGUCUGGGUCUAGGGCAGCCACUUUGCCACCAUGAAGGAAAGGCCAAGACAAUCAUCCACAGCUGUCCCUUCCAACAUCUGGUUGUGUAAGAAUAUUAAACCCUUAUUUGUUUAA